AAGAAGAAAAGAAAUACCUGACAGGCGGAGAGUUUUUGUGCCUUAUCCAAACAAAAUAACACGCACUAAAAGAGAACAACUUCACCAGAAAUCUAACAAUGGCUACACUACCAUCUUCACCCUCUCUGCAACUCUCAGCAACGGCAGCAGCAACUCAUUUCCCUUCCCCACGCGCCGCAUUCCCGAUCAGAUCCCACGUGCCCAAACACUCCUUCACCACCCGUGCGACCACAGAUGACAACAAACCAGGCACAACCCAAGAACCCGAUUCCAAACCCGGGUCCGAAUCUGAUGAUCAAUUCGAGAGCCGCUUGUCCCAGGUUCGACUUCGAUACCGAAGCGGGACCGGCAAGAAAGCAGAGCUCCGGAAAGCUAAGAAAGGGAAAUCCUCAUCUGGGUCAGGGUCAGGAAUGUACCUUCCUCCAGUUCCUUUAAAAGAAUCGGUUUCUGGUGGGUUAAAAGUGGAACUCGGGUUUAGCCCGUAUAGUGAACGGGUUAACGGGAGGAUCGCAAUUCUGGGGUUAUCAGCUUUGUUAUUAGUAGAGCUUGCAACGGGUAAAAGUGUAAUUAACUAUCACACACCAGCAAUUGUGUUGAUUCAGGUUUAUUUUGUAACCGCGGUUACUGCUUUGUAUGUCAAGUACGAGAAGGAGAAAGUUAGCAUCUGGCCUGAAUCCGCCCCUAGUAAGGAUUGAAUAAAUGAGUAGUUUGUAAACGAAAACAAAAAUUAAUGUUUUAACACUCGUUUUGUAAUACUAGUUCGUUGUUUUGGAGCCA